GCAACCAUUCGCACGCCCCAUCCUCCUCUGCCAUCUCUGUCUCUGCCUCUCAAGAGGGAGUCGCGAGAAAAGACUGGCGAAGAGAGACAGAAAUAGGGUAGGGAGAUGCCGCCAUCAUGGCUGAAAGGACUGGGCGAGAUCGCGCAGAAGAUCCCGCCCGAGCUCGAGCAUGCAGACUGGACGAGGAGCCUCGCCAUGGGCGAAGGGAGCAGCAGUGGGUUGGGGGGCUCAACCUUUGCAGAGGGCCUCCUUUCGACGUCCAAUCUCGCUCUUCCCGGUGAGGUUUGUGCAAUGGCUACGGAUCCAGUCACGGGCUACUUGGCCGUGGGCACCGCGAACGGAACGAUUCAUCUCUUCGGGUCGCCCGCCGUACAGCUUUCGUGGACGAUCCGGCCGGCGCUCAAGAUCAAGCACCUCCUUUUCAAGCCAGGGAGCAGCCUUUUGAUCGUCAUUGAUGUGAAGGACAAUCUCUCCAUCUUUGACCUAUCGAGGAGCGACCCUCAGGCGAGGGCGAAGGCUUCCGCAGAGACCGCCAACCCUUUCAGGGCCUCCUCGGGCACAUCAGGCGGUGGUCUGAGUGGUCCCCCACACCCGGACACGCCGAUGCGCGUCGGUGCAUACAGCACAAGGAACAGCGUCCUUUGCAUCGAGGCCUCGCCGGCCCAUUCACACCUAUUCAUGGGGCUGAGGGACGGAACGAUUGAUACGUAUGACUUGGAACGAAUGAGCCCGAGCCCGUACAGGGUGCCCAAUCUGUGGUGGGAAGAGGAAGAGAUCCUCCGCAAGUCUGGUGUGCCUGAUGCCCCUAAUCGGCGGCACGUUCCUUUGGUCAUAGACAUCAAGACGCACCCGCGGGACAUCAAUCAGCUCCUCAUUGCCUACGAAGGCGGGAUCAUCCUCCUUGAUGUCAAGGAACGAGCCGUUUUGAAGACGUUUCAGCUUCGCCAUUUGCCAGGCGCAGCCGGAUCGGGUGUCGGCCCACCAGAGGCAAUGUGGACAGAGCGGUCGGCGCCGGCAACAUGUAUCGCUUGGCGCUCUGACGGUGCCGUCUUUGCUUCGGGUCACGAAGAUGGAUGCAUCGCUUUCUGGAACAUCGAGGACGACGACAAGCCCCUCACAGUCAGAACACUGGAGAGCGUCGAUGUGGACAAAGUGGUCGGCAUACCCGACGAUAUCCCGGGAGGUCCACCACAAAGUCGAGAGCCCAUCUUCAAGCUGAGCUGGUCAGGCUUCCCCGAGCAGUCGUGGCUCGACAUGGCCGCCAAUGCGACGAGCAGGCAACAGAACGCAGAUAGCCAACCACCGACAAAGGGGAGCAUCCUCACCGUUCUGGGCGGCGCAACAGAACGUCAUUCCUCGGGUCUCGUGUGCUUGCACUUUCCUCCCUACGCCGCAGCUCUUUCGCUGUGGAAUUCGAAGACGCCCGACGCAAUCGCUCGCGCGCGACAAUUGUUGCGAGAUUCUGUCGACACGGUCAGGGAGAGUCGGUACGUUACUGAUUCGACCGUGGAGGACUAUCUCUUGAUACCGAGAGGCAAUCCACACUACGGCAUGGCCUAUGAUCCUAUUGCCAUCAUCGCUUUACUCGCGUCCGAUAGCAAGCUUCCUCCUCUGCCGCCUCCGUCUGCAGCUCGUGGCUUGGUCGCCUUUGCAUUCCCUCCAGAAGAUCGCGAUCGGCCCAAGAGGGAGUCAGCAAUACCUUUGCCAAGCUCUCCUGGGAGUAGCAUACAGCAUGUGCCAGGAAGGCAGCUCAAUUUCCAGCAAAAGACGCUCAAUCUACCCCUGGCCCUUGCAACAGCAGGUUCAGGCGCUAUUCUUGGCGCCAGGCUGGUCGAGGUGUCCACCAAUGCAUAUCGAAAAUUGGCAGGCAAAAGGGAUGUGACUGGCCCGUCCCACGGAGGGGCCGGCAGCGACAUGGCCCAGGAUGCAGCAGCUUCAUCUUUCCACGGCGAGGAUCUGCAUCUUCACGGAGGCGAGGCGAGUCCCACCGCAGCGGGCGGAACAGGCGACAGGGUCGAGCUCGACAUUAUGGCCCGAGCAGAAAGAUUCAGAGUCUUGAUCACCUGGCAUCUCGACGGUACCGUCCGUUUCCACGACGCUAGUCCCCAACUUUUGCUUCUCGGACACGCCAAGCCGCCAUCCAAUAUGUCCUUAUCGCCAAUCCAACAAGCACAGAAUCCAGCUCUACCACCGGACCUUGUUUUGCAGAAGGGCUUUCCAUCCCCGCUCCCUCACCUCACCAUCUCGGUACGCAACCUUGUGAACCAUCGGUCUAUGACAGGGCACCCCAUCUUUGACCGACUCAGAGGCAAUCUUUCUCGUCUUCGCGUUUCCGAUGUUGCAUUCGCGCCAGACAUCCUCGAGACGGCCAUAAUCCUGAGCAGCGGUCAGGUGUUGCACUUCAAAUUUGGCUUUGCCAAAUUCUCCGAGAAGGACGAGCUUCAAGACAUUGUCGCCGAAGAGGUACAGCAGGAUGAAGACGCGGCCGCGGCCAUGGUCUCUCACUUAGUCCCCUCGAGCCCCACGGGUGGAUUGCAUGCCCAUCGGGACUCGAUGAGGGAGUUGGACGGAGCCAUGGCUGGCGCCAUCGAAGACUUGCGCAUGGAAUCUCAUUCGAGAGAAAGUAGCAAUCCCCGCUCACCGGCGCAAUACCAAGGAACAGGACAGCAGGGUGGUCCUCCCCCAAGACCGAAGAGGGAUCCCAAGAGGAUGGCAGCCGGCAAUCGCUCAAGCGUCAUCUCCUCUUCAUCGUCCCAGAGAUUCGGCGAGGAUUUGCUUGGUUCGCCGAGAUCUCCUCAGGCGCCUUCACCACAAGUUCCAGCCUCGCAAUUCACUGGCCCAGUCGACGAGAUCACGAGGAUCUCUCACCUUGCCAGCUACAGCACUGACGGAUUCAAGCCAAACAUCAUCGUGGAGCUGGCGCGUGGUGAGGUAACAGCGGUCGGCGUCUCCGACAUUGGUUUCCUGGCCGUUGCAUGUGGGCCUGCGCUCGCAGUCAUUGAUUUGCGUGGGCCGGAAUUGAUCAUCAGGGAGGGCUUUGGCGAUGGGCAUGAUGCCAGACUUGAGACGCGCGAAGCCAAGAAGAUGGUCGACGAGGAAGGCAAGAGCGUCAUCUCCAAGCUCCUCUUCAGCAUCUGCCGAACUGUGCAGAGCCCCGUGCUAUCGCCUCAGCUUCUCGUCACACGCGACAAUGGCUUGACAUCAGUAUGGACUUUUGCAAAGCAGAUGGACCAGCACUGGCACUGCGUGCGCACUGCUGCCGUACGCAUUGACGAACUAGCAAGGCCUGUCUCGCUCAAGGUGCUCGACAUGGCUGGCAACGUCUGCACAGCUGUCCCUGCCGAGCUGCAGAGGAGCAUGCGUGAGCAGACCCGGGCGAACGAGAACCCCGGCAGCGUGCCUCCCUCGGACUACAAUGUGCUUCUAGGCAUCGGUUUUAAUUCCCUCGUCGUCCGAGUGGGCAUCACCGGUCCUCGUCUGGCCAAAGCAGACGUUGGGGAGCGCAUCGUGGCCGCCGGCGUGGUGGAUCGGCGCGGCGAGAAGGUUUGCGCCGUACUGAGCGAGACGAGCAUUCGUAUCUUCUCGCUUCCUCACCUUGUGGACCUCACACGGUUACAGCGGCACAACAAGACGCAGGGCGAGAGGCUGGGAAGUGCGGCGCAGGCCGCUUUUGAUGGCAGUGGCGACUUUGUCGAGGUGGCAUCAAGCCUGGAUGUGCGGCUGUGGACCAUCUUUGCCACACUUCCCCGCCCAGGCCCUCCGUCGCUCUUGCUGUACACACCUGUAUCGGUGCCUCUGCAUCCCGGUGCUGUGGGCGCCAUGGCAUCGAGCGUGGUUGGGUGGCUCGGCGGCAAGAGCAGCAGCCUCACCCAAGGCGGCCAAUUUGACGAGAUGCUCGCGGGCCCGAAACGGCCCCCGCUGCCCAAGCUGCCUGAGCCACGACACGUCGAGGUGUCUGCCCAAAAGAAGCAGGCAGCGGAAGCUCGCGCAGCUCAACAGCAACACGCUGCCGCGCCAACCACCUCCGCGAGCGGUUCUCACGAUGGCGCUUUCCAGAGAAAGAAAGAUAUGAGGAAAGAGGCGGUUCACGACACCCAGUCGGCGGCUGACCAAGCAGCAUGGAAUCUUGACCUGGCAAAGCAGAGGGGCGAACUGAUGAAUAACCUCGAGCAGGGCAUGAGCUCGCUGGAGCGCGGUGCGAAAGAGUGGAUGAAAAGCGCGAGAGAGGACAUGGUUAAACAGGCGGCUAAAGACAAGAUCAGCAAAUUCUUCUAAUCCAUCACGAGACUGGAGG